UUAUAUUUUUCCACAGGCGAGUUAUAAUUUAACGAGUAAUACCAUUAAACGCGUGAAAAUUUGUUUAAAAAUUUAAUAAUCUAUUAAAAUAAAUAAUAAAUUUUAAUAAAAAAUAACCAAAAAAUAAAUUAAAAGAAAAAUUUACAAAAUAUUUAAUAAAGAAAAAAAGUUUGGCAAAAAACCGUAAAUUUUUUACGCAACUUGCAGCAGAACCUCCACCAACCAACCAGCAAGCAAGCACUCCAAGCAAACACACAUCAUAUAUACCUACAACAAAGUAAAAGAUAAAAUUAAAAAAAAAUUUAUAUAUAACCAUAAAAACGUAUAAAGCAAAAAAAAAAAUAAAAUUCAUUAUCAAGUUAAAGAAAAUCCAGAAAAUAAACGAGUCAUUUUACACACAAAGCUUAAGUAAAUAAGAAAUGUUCUGCGACUGGUUACAAAAGUAAUUUUCCAGUUAUAAAGAAAAUAUAUAACAUAUAAAAUUUUUUACUUAAUUUGUUAAAAGAAAAGUGCAUUGUUUUGUUUUAUCUUGUUUAAAUUAAAUUUAUAAAUAUUAUUAUUUGCCAAAAUGGUACGUUUGAAACACUUGUAAAAAAAACACCAAAAUUUGUUAACAAAAUUUGGAAAUUAUUAAUUAAAUAGAAAAAUUUGUAAUAACUAAGAAUUUUCCGGCAAAUCAUAUUGAAACCUGCUAGCAGACAGACGUUUGCAUUAACAACAGCGGCAACAGAGUUUUCAAAAUAAAACUUAAAAAAAAUUACCCACAAUAAUCAAUAAUUACAAAAACUUAAACAAAAUAAACUUUAAAAAAUUUAAUUUUUGUGCAUUUUUUUCUUCUUGUCAAGUGUUUGUUUAAAAAAAUCAUUCAAAAUGUCGCGUUUAAGUUUAAAAUUUAGUAGUAAUUUUAAUUCUAAUUUAAAGACUAUAAAGUUUAUGUGAUAUUGGUUGAUCAAGACCUUUUGACAGCUGUAAUAUAAAUUCACAACCAAAGAUUUAAAGCCACACAAGUUUCUCUAAAGAAACUUGCAAAACAAAAAGCAUCACCACAUUCUUUACAUUAAAAAAAAUUAUAGAAAAAAGUUGGUCUAACUUUUUUCCAAAAAGAAAAUAACUGCUGCUAAACAUUUAAAAACCUAAAUAAUUAAAAAUCAAUAAAAGCAGCAAAUAACACAAUUUUGUAAGUUUUAAAACAAACUAAAGUAAAAAGUCUUCUUAAAGAGAGUACCAACUGAGAAAGAAUACAAGAUUUAUUUAAACGCGAUCGUUGUAAGUCAAGCUCCUAAAUUGUAUUAAAAAGUGUUUAAAACUUGAAAUAAAAUUAUAUUCAGCGCACAAAUUUAAAAAAAAGCAUUUAAAUUUAAAACUUUUUUUUUAUAUAAAAAGUAAAAAACUUUUUUUGUAAUUUUUUUUUAAAUUAAAACACCGUGAGAAGUUUUCUCUACGUCGGCUGUUUUACACGAAAAAAGCAUCUAUAAGCAAUUGUUACUGCCUAAUGGCAAGUAGUUCGUUCAAUAAAACGAGACACAGGCGCAGACUGGCUGCGAUCUCGUUUCUAUCGAAUAUUUCAUUAGAUGGCACACAUCGGGAUACUAAAUUUGGAGCAACAAUUGGCAUCUGUGGCACAGGUGCAACAAAUAACGCAACGUCGGCAAGAUUACGUGCAGGUACUAGCACUGGUGGCAAAGAAAGAUUUGAAGGAGGCGUCAACGAAAACGUACUUACCGGCAGCGGUGGUGGUGGCGGCGGAGGCGUUAGCGUCUGUACAACAAGUGGAGGAGACGAAGGAGGAUUUGGUAGUGGCAGCCAUAUUAAUACUGUGGGAGUGGAAUUAUUUGGGCAUCAAUACAACAAUUGCAACAACAAUAAUCAUUCGCAGCAAUUCUAUCAAAAGGGUUUCUAUCAUCAACAGCAUCAGCAGCAACAUCAACAGCGCAAUGGCAGCAUUAGUGGACAAUCACAGCCGCCGCCACCAGCUGCAGCUAUUCUACAACUGUCAGUUGGGCCCAUGGGUAUUGAUGAAAACCAUAUGGAUGUUUUGGUCUCUGGCAGUAUUGGAAGUGAUGAUGCCGGUAGUGCGGAUGGUGAUGGGCAUUUUAGUGAAACUGAAAAUAUGGGUUACAACUUGAUAAAUGCACAAACCGUUAACGCUAAAAGCGAUGGAGGUUACAAAGCAUUUGAUAAAGUAUCUAUGGCAGCAGCAGCAGCGGCAGCAGUCUCAGCUACAGGUCAACAAACACCUGUAUCUGGUCAAGAGAAACGCAAUGCUAAAAGACCCAAUUCAAGCGGUCGUCAACAGGGCAAUGGCAAUACUAUUUGUAAUGGUAAAACUAAUAAUUAUCAAAGACAAUAUCAACACCAAAAUAACAAACAACAUCAAGCUCAAGGUCAGCAUCAAACAGCUGGCGGUAGUGGUGGCUCGGGUGCAGAAAGUGGCAGUGAUUCCGAUAGUGUUAAGAUACCAAUGAAGGUGUCCAGUAUGGGUGCUGGCAUUUUAAUGCCAUUGCGUGAAAGAACUUUUAGCAAUGGUGCAUGUGAUACUACCGGUAUCCAACCUAGAGCUAGACUUAAUACAGCUCCCGGUAUGCGUGGUAGUGGUACAGCUUUAGCUGCAUUUGGCGCCAGUGGUGUUGGUAUUACAAAAAGACCUUAUAAUAUAAUAGGUUCCACGAUUUCUCAUAUAACAGAUGAUAGCAGCACGGAAAGUUUAACACCCGGCUCAUUUAGUAAUCGUGGCAGUAUAACGAAAUCUGUACAAAUCAACGAUUCAAAAGAUUUACGUUAUAUGAAUACACAAGCACACAAACAGCAUCAAUAUAAAGAUGAACGUGUCGUUUUGGUAUCACGUAAAGUACCAUUUUUCAUAUUUUCAGCUUUACCCUAUUAUAAGGGAAAAAAUGGCAGAGCUGAAUUACGCAAAGAGGGCCGUAGACGUAAUACUUCUGGUUCUCGUCCUUUAUCGGCUAUUAAUGAUGCUCCUUUUGAUCCAUUCGAUUUGUUGGGUAUUGAGAGAGGAGAAAGUGGCCAGGACAUUUCUUAUGGUCAUUUGUUAAUACCCUCCCGUCAGUUUAGCAAAGAGGGUAAAAAACAUGCUUCAAUUUUGGACAAUCAAAUUGAAAUAACAAGUACGGCUGCUUUAAAGAAUCAUGGCAUUGCAAGAACCAAAAUCAUGACACGACAUAAAGGCAAAUGGUGUUUUACUUAUGACAACAAUAAUCGUAAUAAUACUGCAAGUCCUUCGCCGGAUAUAAAACUUGAUUACGAAGAAUCUUUAGAGGGUAGCAGAAGUUUACAGCACUUACAAUAUUCUGCAAAUAUUUUAGAUGAUCCCGAAUUAAUAGCGGGCAAACAUCGUACUUUAUUAACAUUUACUUCAUAUAUGACUUCAGUUAUUGAUUAUGUUAGACCAUCGGAUUUGAAAAAGGAACUUAAUGAUAAAUUUAAAGAGAAAUUUCCUCACAUACAAUUGACUUUAAGUAAAUUAAGGAGCAUUAAACGUGAAAUGCGUCGCAUUAAUAAAAUGGAUAAUCGCAUUGAUUUGGUUACUAUAUCUCAAGCUUAUGUUUAUUUUGAAAAAUUAAUUUUGGCCAAUUUAAUCAACAAAUCCAAUCGUAAAUUAUGUGCUGGUGCUUGUCUUUUACUUAGCGCCAAAAUGAAUGAUGUUAAGGGUGAUUUAUUGAAAAGUUUAAUAGAGAAAACUGAAAAUGUUUUUCGUUUAAAUCGCAAAGAAUUAAUUUCUUCGGAAUUUGCUGUUUUAGUGGCUUUGGAAUUUAGUUUACAUGUUCCUAUGCAUGAGAUAUUACCCCACUAUCAACGUUUACUCUACGAAUCCUAGAAUUGGCCUAAACGCUUUGCCGAUAAGCGUUUUCUUUCGGCUGCUGCUAAUACCUCACGUUAUUAUUUACGUCGUUGUGCUAGCAGUAAAAAGUAAUUACCACAUUUUUUUCUAUAUAUAUAUACUUAAUUGUUUUAAUACCAUCAGACAUCUAUUUUUUUAAUAAUUUUUUAACUUAAAAAAACAACCAACAAAAAGAAAUUUUAUGUAAAUACUUUUUUUAUAUAUAGAUUUUUUUCUAAAACUUUUAUCUUUUUAUACUGCUCAAAAACAAGCAACUUUUAUAAAACCUAUAGUUUUUAACAACAAAUCUUAAUAAAUCCCCAGCUUUAUUUAAACAAAAUUUAUAAAUUAUCGCCAAAAAAUCCAUUAAUUUUAUAACUCUACAAUUCUUUUUAAGAAUUUUUC